AAGGAGAAGCAUGACCAACCUCAUCCACUCCUCAAAUUUGUUGUGCUGGCAAACACAAACACAGCACCAUAAGACAUCGCCUCCUGACCUGCCUCUUCCAUUAGUCUCUGCCUUUCUCUGCAAUCCACAUGCAUGAAAAGCCCAAAUAUAUUCUUGCAGGCGAAAGCCAUCUUUGAUUGCACAUUGAUUUGAUUGAUGGCCGUGGCCUACUCAAUCUCCAACUCAUCCUUUGUCUUCUUCUUCUUCUUCCCAGAUAUUUGAGAAUCGAGAGCAUUCCGACCCUUGUUGAAUCGUAUAAGCCAAGUUCCGAUCUUGUUUGUUGAAUCAGAGUCGUUUGCUGCGAAUUGAUUGAUAAACAAGGCAAAGAUCGGAGCUUUUUUGUUUCUUGAUCGGAAAGGAAUGGAGUUUUGGACCUCGCUGGCGUCGCUGAUGGGGGUGUUCGCCUUCUGCCAGAGCAUCCUCCACGCGUUGUUGCCGCCGGAGUUGCGGUUCGCGGCGACGACGGUCUUGCAGCGCGCGUUCCUCUGCUUCUCGAGUUACUGCUACUACGACAUCACGGAGACGGAUGGCAUGAGCACCAACGAGCUGUACCACUCGGUGCAGUUGUACCUCAGCCGCUCCGCGUCCGUCGCCGCCACGCACCUCAGCCUCUCCCGCGGCCUCAACUCCUCCGCCUUCACCUUCGGGCUCAGCAGUCACGACCGGCUGGUGGACACCUUCCGCGGCGCCACCGCCACGUGGGAGCACGUCGUGACGCAGAGGCAGGCGCAGACGUUCUCGUGGCGGCCGCUGCCGGAGGAGAAACGCAGCUUCACGCUCCGGAUUAAGAAGAAGGAUAAACCCCUGUUCGUCCCGGCCUACCUCGACCACAUCAUGGACACCGCCACCGAGCUCCGCCGCCGGAGCCAGGACCGCCUCCUCUACACCAACUCCCGCGGCAGCGCCGGGGGCAUGGAGUCCCGCGGCUUCCCAUGGGAGUCCGUCCCCUUCAAGCACCCUAGCACCUUCGAAACCCUAGCUAUGGAUCCGGAGCGGAAGCAGCUCAUCAUGGCCGACCUCAGGGACUUCGCCGAGGGCAAGGCCUUCUACGAGAAGACCGGUCGCGCGUGGAAGCGCGGAUACCUGCUCUACGGUCCGCCGGGAACCGGUAAGUCCAGCAUGAUCGCCGCCAUGGCCAAUUUCCUUGGGUACGACGUCUACGACCUCGAGCUCACUGAAGUCAGCACCAACUCGGAGCUCCGCAAGCUCCUCAUGAAGACCACUUCCAAAUCCAUCAUCGUCAUAGAGGACAUCGAUUGCUCGAUAAACCUCACCAAUCGAGGCCCCAAAAAGUCACCGACCCCGCUGAUCGAUCCGCCGUCGCCGGAGGAUCCCAAUGUCGCCGUCGCCCCCGCUGCCGCACCCAAGACGAUAACUUUAUCCGGGCUCCUUAACUUCACCGACGGAUUGUGGUCGUGCUGCGGCAGCGAGCGGAUCUUCGUGUUCACCACCAACCACGUCGAGAAACUCGACUCGGCGCUGCUCCGAUCAGGGAGAAUGGACAUGCACAUACUGAUGGGUUACUGCUCGUUCCCGGCGCUCAAGAUCCUGAUGAAGAACUACCUAGGGUUAGAGGACGGCGAACUCGACGAAAAAUCCGACCUUUGGGCCGGAUUGGCGGCGGCCAUCGACGAGGCCGAGAUAACUCCGGCGGACGUCAGCGAGAUCCUGAUAAAGAACCGGCGGCGGGAGAAGCCCGCGGCGGCGGCGGAGCUUCUGGAGGUCCUCAAGGCCCGGGUGGAGAAGAGGAGGAAGGAGGGAGGGAAAAUUAGUUCCGGCGAGGGCGUGGAAGUGGAGGAGGAGGAGAAGAGGGCAUUGGACAGCCCCAAAGAGAGCGGCCAAGACACCGAGAGUGACGGUGGGAAAGAGGUAGUGGCGGCGGCGGCGGCGUUAUGAGGAGUAACCAUGGCCGCCCUGUCCGCCAUGUGCUUUCUGAAAUGCCUCUGCCAUUGUGAUUGUUGAAUAAAGAGUUGUUGUAUAGCCUUUUGCCAUUUGCCCAUUCCAUUUUGAACUCCAUUUACAUCAUUUGGGUUGUAGAUUUUAUGAUUUGAAGAAGAGAAUAAACUUGAUAUGUAUUUAUUACUUGCA